UGGUGCACUGUUGUUUCUGGUAUUUUAUCGUAGUGAAUAAGUUUGUGUGUAAUUAGUUUUCUUGGCAUAGUAAUCUCUUUAAUUUUGCAAUAUAUUUCAUGGCUUCUGUUGCUGAACCUUUGACUCUCGAAAGAGAUGUCAAACGAGCGAUUGAAUUAUUGGAAAAGCUGCAAAAAAGUGGUGAAUUGCCAAAUCAAAAGUUAGCUGCUCUACAGAAAGUGCUGCAGAGUGAUUUUUGUACAGCUGUGCGAGAAGUCUAUGAACAUGUUUAUGAAACUGUUGAUAUAUCCGGUAGUCCUGAUAUCAGAGCCAGUGCGACAGCUAAAGCAACAGUAGCUGCAUUUGCUGCUAGUGAGGGCCACGCCCAUCCUCGAGUUGUUGAGCUUCCAAAAACAGACGAAGGUUUGGGGUUCAAUGUAAUGGGGGGUCGCGAGCAGAAUUCUCCAAUUUACAUUUCGAGAAUUAUUCCUGGCGGAGUUGCUGAUCGGCAUGGUGGUCUAAAACGGGGCGAUCAGUUACUUUCUGUAAAUGGUGUAAGCGUUGAAGGUGAAAAUCAUGAAAAAGCUGUAGAACUCUUAAAAGCAGCCCAAGGAACGGUAAAACUUGUUGUACGUUAUACACCAAAAGUCUUGGAAGAAAUGGAACUUCGCUUUGACAAGCAGAGAGCUCUUCGUCGUCGUCAAAACCACUAAAAUCGUGAUCCUUGAAUGUAUUUUUUAAGCUUUGUGGAUAAUAUUGGUUAUUUAGGUGUUAUUGGGAAAAUGCUUAAGUUAUGUAACUCUUAGAGUUUUAAAAUUAAUAUUUAAAGUAUAUUCAUUUAUGUUAAAUAGAAAGUGUUUGAAGUGAACAAUGAUUAAGUUCUUGGUAUUUGAGAAUUUUCAUUACACAUUCCAGAUUAGAUGUAUUAUGUCUAACACUCUAAAGCAGCAUGAUUGAUAAAUGUCAAGUAUUUAAGACUGAUUUUGCAUGUUUCAGUAUGUUCUUUCAGAGUGUGUUUAUUCAGUAUGUAAAGUUGUUAAAUAAACUAAAUUGGAACAAUAUACUAUUUUAAAAUCUGUACUGAUCAGUAUGUGUUUUAAAACAUGGAGAUGGUAGAAAGUUUAGUUCUUUUAACCUAUAUUCUGAACAAUUAGUAUAUGAAGUAUUUUGGAAGGUUAAUAUUUCUUAUUGAUAUAUAUAUAUAUAUUAUGUAUAAUCUACGAUUUGAAAUUGCUUUGAGUAGUCACUCAAUUUUGCCUGUUUGAAUUAGUUCACAUAAUGGCUUAAAUAAUGAGAUGGUAAAUCAUAGAUCACUUUUCUUUUUCAGCAUUAAACUGUAAAAGAAUCACUUAA